AUGAUCGUGGUCUACCCUUUCUACAUUUACAUUUUCUCUAAUCUAUCGUCCGUGAAGCAAGCCUGUUUCUCGCUUGUCCUCCUCGUUAUCAAGAUGGCCAUCAAGAAUGGAAUUAGUUACUACAUUCGAUCCAACAGGGAUAUGCAGCCAGAAAUCGUCGUCUUCAACGUCGACGUCUUCAAUGCGCUCUUCGUGUCGUUCUCCAUGCAGAACUCGACGUCGAAGCUCACUGUCAUUGUCAUUAUGGCGGUUGACUUUGUGCGCAUGACAAGCUCCAUUCGGGAGGUACUCCGGCUAGCCCAAGAGCUCAAGACUGUGGAAAACCAAAUACACCUGCUCAGAAAUCUCGAGCCGGCCAGCUUCCAAGCGAUAGAUAAGCAGAAGAGUGGGCUAGGCCGAGCAUGCAGUAUUAGCAACCCGCACUUCGACGCAAAAGCCCAAGAAUGUCGAAUACCUGAGACAGCCCUCACCGACAGUAAGCGGGUGAAGCAUUUGCCACGUCCGCUCACAACAGAAUCGCAAAACACCUUGGUUUUCAUGGAAAGGUUGUACGCCAGGAAGAUGCUAAAUCUCCUGUAUCUCGUCGAGUUCACGAUUCUCAUCGAGUACAUCGAGGUCAUCGUGCCUGUUGUCUACUUGCUUCAUCACAACGAGCUGGAUCGCACUCUGUGGGGUCCCGCGUCAACUGUUGGCCGCUCUCGAGUGACAGACACCGCAAUCUACAUCCAGCUGGCUUUGGUCGCGUUACUGGGCAUAACGAGCGUGCUCGACUAUGACAAGCCAGAGGCAGUUCGUCUCGCAGCAUCUGGGGUCGCGCUGCUAAUGUACUUCCGCAGUACUGCGCUGUUCAUUCGCCUGAUGAUGUUCGUGUGUGCGAUCGUUCUCUAUGGAGACGUGUUGGCCCCUGUCGUCCGAAUUGCGAGAGCGGGAGAAGUGCUUCCACUGCAGACUGCCAAGUUGUUGCUCCACUGCAUUUGGAUCUGGAACAUGCUUCGGAUUCUGUGCGCUGUCUUCCGGUCGGGAGCACUCACGUCUGGAGCGAGGAAGAAACAUCCGAUGCAAGGAGCGCGCCGCAUGCGUCCGAAGGUGGCCACGAUGCGGGGCGGCCUGUUCCUCUUCCCGCUCUACGUGGACCCACAGGAUGCCGCAGCUGCAGAUGCACGCGAAGAGAUGCAUCCUGUAGCCUCGCAGCCAGCAGCACACACUGAAGCUGUCAACCCGCAGCGGUUGGCGACGCUCAUCCGCUCCUCACCCACCGGCAGACUCGGCUCAGCCGACGAGACGACAGAGAUCGACGCUGACGUGUUGAACUCGAUGCCCAAGUGGGCGCAGGCAGUGGUGCAGACUGGGUGCUUCAAUUCUGGAGCUGUCCAGGGUCUGAAGCCAUCACCUAAGAACAGGUUGAAGAGAAAGUUAGAGCUGCAAGGAAAGCAAGAAUGCGAGCAGCCACAGAAGAGACGGUCAUUUGGCAAUUGUGUGAGUGCUGAGAGCCCGAUACAAGAUGAGAAUGGCGAGCUGCAAGACUGUCUGGAUGAAUUGAACGCCGAGCCAGAUGUGGAUGUCGAGAUGGAUGAUGAAGACGAGCUUCCGACGUUUUCUACUCAGGCUGAAAUUGCUGCAGAUAGUGUGGAGAAGUACGCAGAUUUGCUGGAGAGAUUGCUUGAAAAGGCGACACAACGUCAGGGUCUGGAGAAUUUUGAACGUGACAACUUGGGCGUAUUUUCGCCCCAAGAAGUGAAGCUGCUGUUGCAGACAAUGAAAACGCUGGAAAAGAACGACUGGAUUAAUGAACUGGAUCCAGCAAUACUGAUCGCAUUGAUGAGCACUUUGGACGUGCAGCAAAUUUCAACACUGGUUGUAUCGAUGAUACAAGCGUGCGUUCCUGCAGGAAAGCUUGAAGCGGUGGAAUCCGACCCUGUGUUUCAAGAAUCGUCUGAACCUUCGUCUACACCUGAUACCGUCAGUGAAGAGAAACCUUUGAAGAUGGAUAUUGUGGAGGCUGCGCUGGGGGAGACGCGUAAUAGUGCACAAUCGCUUGUUCGGACUCUACUUAAGGCAUGCUGGAAGAAGAACGAAGAUCGUGAUAAUCGCGUCGUCUUGGAGAACUUCGUGGAAGAUCUUCUCGUGAUGUUUGUACGUCCGGAAUGGAUUGGCGCGGAAGACGUCCUCGAGGCAUUAUGCUCUUCAUUAGCGAGUGUACUGCACGCAAAUAUCUCCGCAGACGAGAGAAAUCCUGACGCACAUAAAAGUUUGGCGGCGCUCAACAUAGUCGGAAAGGUAUGUGCUGCAAUCAAGCGCUACCAGAAGAAGGUUGAUCACAGUGCCCUAGUUGACGACAGCGACUCGACUGCAGUUGUGGAAGAGCAUAAAAACUGUCUACUAGAAGCAAUUGUUGGCAAAAAGACGCGGUCGAGAAAAACACUGCCGAGUGCUUGUAGUGACUUGGUUGACCUGUUAGCCUUCAAGCAUAUCGUCGUGAUGCAUCAGCAACGGAAAGGUUCUGAUCAGUGCGAUUCGAGGAAGCUGCUUCUUUUGAAGUUCAUGUCGGAGGCAAAGGUACAUUGGAGUGAUCUCGAGUCAGCGUGCAUGGAUCGUGAAUAUAUGCUAUGGAAAACGUUGGCGGUGGAGACUAAGGGGGUUACUAAUUCGACAUUUAAAGUGGCUAUCCCUACGACCGAGUUGGCACUAAGAGCGAGUUUGCAGUUAGCUGUGAAACGUCGAUUUUGUGGUCUUUUCGAUGGCUUGCUUGUGCACAUCAUGGCUUUGCUCUCCAGAGCUGCACCAAGUCUCAGAGCUCGAGUUAUGAAAUGCUUGCGAGGGAUUGUCGACGUCGAUCCGAUGCUAAUGGCUGAAAGCGGAGUCCGGUCAGCUGUUGAGAGGUGUUGUUCAGAUGAAAAACCCUCCGUUCGCGAAGCAGCCGUGGAUUUGAUCGGUACUUACGUACUACUGCAGCCCCUUUUGUUUGACAAAUACUUUGAUGUGCUGGCUGAGAGAAUGCGUGACAAAGGCAUCAAAGUUCGUAAAAGCGUGUGCAAAAUUUUCAAGAUCGCUUUGACAUCGACGCAAGAACAGCCGCAUGAUGCGAAUUCAGAACAGGAGCUUCGCCGCAAAAGUGCAUGCAUGAGAUGUCUUGUUGAACGAGUUGGAGACGCUUCUGAGGAUCAAGGAGUGAAGAACUUUAUCAUUGACACUUUCCAAGAAGUUUGGUUUGGAUCCGAGCUUUCUUCCUCCAAACUUUCGAGCCCUUUGAGUGAAUUCGGUGGUGGAAGCACCUUACCCCCAGGCUGGACUGCUGUGGCAAUCGAAGAUAAGAGCGAUGCUGCAGAAGUAAACGCAAAGUUCGUGUCUGAUGAUGGGUUCGUUGUCAACUCCGUCGAAGAAGCGUGGUCUUCGUAUCGAACCCCAAUGGUGACGCCAGCCAGCGUUGUGAAAAUUAACGAUGCGAAGGUGGAUAACAGUUCUGAAGUCGUAGCUACCAUUGUUGAAGUCAUUCACGGUAUGCCAAACCUCGGGUGGUUUGCUGAACUUUUGAAGAGGCUGUUGUGGGGGCGCAACAAUGGGACGAGGGAAACGGCUGUGCGUUCUGUGAAGAAUCGAUCGGCUGAAAUCGCAAUUGCUGAGGACCGCUCCGAAAAGAUAAUUGAUCGUCUCGUAAACUGCCUGAUGGACCUACAAGAAGGCACACUUCUCAUUGGCGUUUCAAUCAAAGAUGGCCACGAACAAUUCGAGGAUGCCAAGAUUCAGAAUUUGUCGGUCUCAAUGAUCGACAGCAUUUUGCGUGUGAAGCGCGUUUCGCUAAGCAUUACUUCGAGGUUGGAAGAAGACUUGAAGUAUCUAAAAACAAAAACGUUUCAAUGCCUUGUCAGCAUGAAGGAGUUACUGCUUUCAGAAGAGCAGCGCUUGGAAAACGGGAUGGCUUCACGUUCGAUGGAUCGAUCGAAGAGUAAAAAGCAGCAAGUUCAAGGUGACCAGGAAGCCGACGCCUCGUUGAUAGGAAGUGUCAUGCAGGCAGAACUGGACAGUAUAUUACUACUCUCGGUGCAGAAGAUACCACAAAUUCGGAAGGAGGCUGUAGCUUGCAUUGGGGCUCUACUUACCCAAGGCUUGGUGAACCCAUUACAGUGCAUUCAGAAUUUGGUGGCUUUGGAGACCGAUCGCGUUUCAGACGUUCGGGACGCAGCAUUUUCUCAGUUGUUGGCUCUGUAUGAACGAUUCCGGAGUGAAAUUCAUAUGCCUUUGAUUAAAGGUAUCCAUGGCUCUUACUCGUUCCAACUGAGCGUAUAUGGCAACGCAACGGCGUUGGGAAUCGACGACAACAAGGAGUACUGCCUCUUUGGGAGGCUGUACACCAACUGCCUCAAACCAACUAAAUCGCACGGAUUGCUACUUCUCAAGUCAUUGGUUAACCAGUUUUCUGAUCAAGGAAGUGUACUGAAGCCGUUGAAAGCUACAUUAGCCACCGACAACAGCAAGAACUUCGCGAGCAGACUGAAAUAUCUAUUCUAUCUGGCGCAGAUCAUCUCGACACUGCCGUACGAUGUGGAGGACGAACCUUUGUACGUUAUUUAUUUGAUCAACCAGUACGUGAGCCUUCGACUUGGCCCUGUGCUGGAUGACAUGAAGGAGGCCUUUGCGACGGCAGGCGUGGCACCAGAUCAACUGGAAGACGAAACAGCAGAUUUGUCGAAGAUGAGCAUCGACGAGUAUCGCCCUCUAAGCUCGCUACCAAGGUCGAAGUUGGCGGCGAUGAAGGCCAACGGGUGCAUUGCGUUCGCGCUUGCUCUAAUGCUCCGCCUGAAGUUUGCGCUCAAGCGCAAUUACCAGUUGGACAACGAGAAAUGCGCAACGUAUAAGCCAUCGUCGAGAGAUCCUCCGGUUGAAGCGAGGGAGCGCUCUCCAAAGAAGCUUCUGCUGCCGUCAGUCGAUGACUUGUGCCAGCCAGAUGAUCCUAUUGAGCUUAGCUGGAACCUCUUUCUGACUGCAUGGCUCGCAUCUCGCAAAGACGAAAGACAACUGGACGUUGAUCUACAGGGACAAGAAAAACUCAAGGCCUCUCCGAAGCGUCGACGUCGCUCGCGCAAAGUUGUCGCUCGGAAGCAGCAGCACUCAUCGGAGAACGAUAUCAACGAGGACGACGAGUUCGUCGAUGGCUUCGCCUGA